AUGCGGCUUCUCUCAACAGAGUCUCUCCAAUCAUCCAGAUCCGCCCUCCUUGCGCUCGUGAAAUCGGCCGGGCAAUCCAGAGAUCUCGCCCAGGCGCGCCGCGCGCACCACCAGAUCCUCGACACCGACUGCCGGAAUGAUCCCUACCUCGCCAAUCUCCUGGUGGAGAUGUAUGGCAAAUGCGGCAGCGUGGGCGACGCGCGAUCCGUGUUUGACUCCAUGCCCGCCCCCAAUUCCUUCUCCUGGGCGCUCCUCCAAUCGGCCUAUGCCCACAACGGGCAUCUCCACGCAGCGCGCGAGAUCUUUGCCCAAAUGCCCGAGCGAGGGAUCGUUUGCUGGAAUUCGCUCCUCGCGGGGCUCGCGCACCACGGCGAUGUCCGAGAAUCCAACGAGUUAUUCACGAAAAUGCCACAGCACGACAGAUUCUCGUGGAAGGCGAUGAUCGCAGCAUUUUCCCAGAACGGGCUUUUGGAGUCCGCGAAAUUGUGCUUUGAUGCCGCACUGGAGCGCGAUCUAGCCUCUUGGACAGUGAUCUUGCAAGGAUUUACGCGUAAUGGAUGCUUGGAUCACGCAAGAGAAUUUCUGGAAAAAAUGCCACUGUGGGAUGGAGUUUCUUGGACAGCUUUGCUUCAAGCAUUUGCCCAGGAUGGGCAUUUGGAUCAGGCAAUGCAUGUCUAUAGCUUAAUCCCUGAGAAGGAUAUAGUGGCAUCCACGAUCAUGAUGCAAAGCUACGCUCACCACGGUCGGCCCGACGCUGCCAAGCGGAUUUUCGAUGGGAUCUUGCGAGACAAAAGAAGCAUUGUGACUUGGAAUGUGAUGCUCGGUGCUUACACCCAGUCGGGAAAGCUGGAGCUCGCCAAGGAGAUUUUUGAUCAGAUUCCGGUCGAGAAAGAUUCCGCGACUUGGUCGACGAUGAUCCAGGCGUAUGCGCAAAGCGGAUACAUGACAAGAGCGAAGAAUCUCUUCGAUUUCUCGCCGAGAAAGUCUGUCAUGACUUGGAACUCGAUGGUCACGGCGUUUUUCAUCAACGGGCUGUUCGAUCAAGGGAGAGAAGUCUUCAGCAAAAUGCCGAUGCAAGACACGAUCUCCUGGAACGCGCUUCUUGCAGCGAAUGCCCAGAACGGGAAUCUUGAAACCACAAGGAUGAUCUUCGACGGCCUCUGCGACAAGAACGUUGUGUCUUUCACGUCCAUGAUCCAGGCGUAUGCUCAAGGUGGUCAUCACAAAGAGGCGCUAGAGCUCUUCUACGCGAUGCUACUCGCGGGAGUGAGGCCAAACGAGAUUACGUACGUUGGAGUCUUGAGCGGCUGCAACCACGCUGGGCUGGUCGACGCCGGAAGAGAUCACUUCUUGUCAAUGCAAGCUGACGAGGGGAUUGAUCCGGUGGUAGAGCACUACUGCUGCAUGGUGGACAUUCUUGGCCGGGCUCGGAGACUGGCAGAUGCCGAGGAGCUUAUCAACAGCAUGCCGCUGGAGCCGGACGUUGUUGCUUGGAAGUCUUUGCUCUCGGCUUGCAAGACUCACGGGGACGUCGAUCGUGGAGCUCGGGCUGCCAGGUUUCUCUGCGAGCUUGAAGCUGGAUAGGAGAUCUCGUGUUGAAAGUUAUCAUCUGAAACUCUUUGGCGCAAGAUAUACUCGGGCCCGAGAACAAGGUGGUUGUGACAGGAGCCUCGAACACUGUCAUUCAAGGAUACCACAAGAUUCUUCGACAGGCGGGGGCGGGCUAUGGUGUCGUGGAACUCGUUGAUUCUCGGCUACGCAGAGAGAGGCGAGGAAGAGCUCGCUCUGGGACUCUUCUGGUCCAUGGAAGCUCAGGGCUUCUCCCCGGAUGAUAGACCGUUCUCAAAGCGUGUACCAAGCUUGCCGAGAAGGUCAUCGGCCUCGACGGUAACUUGUUCGUUGCUAGCUCCCUUGGUCGACAUGUACUCCGAGUGCGGCAGCAUGCUCAGAGAGUCUUCGAUACUUUUGGCCAGCCCUCAUUCUCGGCUACGUUGAAAACGGUGACGAGAGGCUGGCUCUGGAAAUCCUCGACUACUUAAGACCAGGAGGCCUACUCCAUCGCCAACUCCCUCACCUUCGUGGCUGCUCUCAGCGCCCGCAUUGCGUCGAGGGAACCGGAUCGAGAACUCGAUGGAAGGAUUGUGAAGCUAGAAUCGCUGUCCAGGGGCAAACGCAUCCACGCACAAGCUGUAAGCUGCCGCUGCGACUCGGAUACCAUGGUGCACAUGUACGCCAAGUGCGGUACCCUGGUCGACUGCAUGCCUUGUAGAACAGUGGUGUCGUCGAACGUCCUGUUGCUCGGCUACGCAGAGAAUAACGAGGUCGAGCUUGGCCUCGACUUGUUCUCUCGGAUGAUUGCUGGUGACGAAAGAAUAGCACCAAUCUUUUGUCACAGCUCCCACACCUUUCUAAUUUGAAGACUUUUUUUUUA